AUGGGCCAAUCAGAGUCGGAAAGAAUGGAGGCACCAUUAGAGCUGGUACACGUAGACCUGAUGACAGAUUUCAAAGGACAUGCCAACUACCACUACGCACUAGUUGCUGUGGACGACUUCUCCUCUCUGAUCUACAUGGAACCACUCUGCACCAAGAGUGCCGCACUCACGGUGCUGAGGAGGUGGAUAGCCAGGAUGGAAUGGGCAAUGGACAGGAAACUCAAAACACUCCGCAGCGACAAUGGAGGAGAAUGGUGCAGCAUAGCAGCCGAAGACUGGCAAACUCAAGAGGGUUUCAAGUGGCAAAAGAGUGUCCCAGGGAUCAGCAUCCAAAAUGGACGGGCGGAGAGAGCAAUCAGGUCGGUCCAAGAAAAGAUGCACUCGAUGCUGAUUGGUCGAGCUUGCCCCAGAGAGUUGUGGCCAUAUGCAAUCACAGCAGCAGCACACGUGAUGAACCUUACCCUGUCAGCCACCAAGACCAUCCCCCACAAGGCCUUUUAUGGAACCACCGUGCACAAGCUGGCCCAGCAGCUGCGAGUCUUCGGAUGCUUGGCAUGGGUUCAUGUUCAACAGAAGGACCAGCAAGGCAAGUAUGGGGCUAGAGCAAAGCCAGCCAUCAUGAUUGGGUAUGACGACGGACACAAAGCAUGGAAGUUUUGCAACCCAGACCAGCCUGCGUCAAUUCAAUGGAGCAACUCAGCAAUGUUCCAUGAGGACAAAGGAUGGAGUGAUCGCCAACAGGAGGCAGUCAGGCCCAUGGUGACUGCAGAGGUCAAGGAGGAGGGUGUCACACCAGCCAUAGUGGAGGAGGAGACCAAAUCAGAGGCCGCAGUGGAGGAUCUCCUACCAGCCGUAGACAGCACAGUAGGCGCUGCCAACACAGCAAUACUGAACCUGGACCCAACGCUUGGGGAAGCAAUGAAUGGUGAGGACGCCCAGCUCUGGAAGGAGGCAAUACGAAAGGAGCUAGAAGGACUCGAGGCAAUGGGGACUUGGGAGGUGGUGCACCAACCACCAGGAGUACCACUUGUGGACUCUAAGGUUGUGCUUCAGCUGAAGCUUGACGCUGAUGGUGUACCUGUUAAGCACAAGGUGCGACUGGUUGCAAGGGGCUUCACACAGAGAGAGGGGAUCGACUACCAAGAAACCUUCUCUCCAGUAGCACCCCUCGGAGCAAUCAGAGCCAUCUUAGCACUAGCGGUGCAGAACAACUGGGAGGUGCAUGCUCUGGACAUCACUAUGGCUUACUUGAACUCCAUGUUAAAGGAAGCAAUCUACAUGAAGCUGCCAGAAGGAUCAGGAGUAGCACCCGGCAAGGUGUACAAGGUAGUCAAGGGUCUAUAUGGCCUAAAGCAGUCUGGGCGAGAAUGGAAUCAGGAGUUCGACAGGUCUUUGCGAUGCAUGGGAUUCUUCCAGGUAGAGUGCACUCCCUGCAUCUACACCAAGGGACAGGGUAAAGAUAUGGCCAUUGUGGUCAUCUACGUCGAUGAUACAUUAGUCAUAGCACCACGGCUGGAAACGGUCCUAAAGGUUAAGAAGCAGAUUGGUCAGAGAUGGAAGAUGGAAGAUAGCGGUGAGGUCUCUCACUUCCUGGGCAUCAAAAUCAGUCGAGACCGUGCGAUGCACACCAUGACGAUUGGUCAGUCAGGGUACAUUGACCAAGUGCUGGCAAAGCACCUGGACAAACAUACAAAGCCAACCAUGGUUCCAAUGCAGAGCAUACCGGAGGGAACCCUUGUUGCAAGUGCAGCACAACAGAAGGAGUAUCCGGUGAUUGUUGGCAAGCUGCUCUGGGUUGCCAACAGCACCCGGCCCGACCUUAGCCUUACCAUGGGUGUUCUCGCUAGGCACAUGCGUGAACCAUCACAGGAGCAUUAUCAGGCAGCACAAAGGGUCUUACGCUACCUCGAAAGCACAAGGCAGGUUGGAUUGGUUUAUAGGGCAAGUGAGUCGCAAGAGCCACUGGUCGUGCACAGCGAUGCAAACUGGGCGAGCAAUGCCACCAUACAGAGAAGGAGUACAUCGGGGUCAGUGGCAUUAGUGUAUGGGAACCCAGUAGCCUGGAAGUCAGUGACACAAAAAUGCGUGUCAUUGUCCACUGUCGAGGCAGAGUUCAUUGCAGCCACGGAAGCAACACGUGAGGUGCUCUUCCUCAAGCAGCUGCUAUGCUCAAUUGGCAUUGCCACAGGCACACCGACGGUCUACUCGGACAACACUGGUUGCAUAAAGGUUAGUAAGGACCCAGCACAGCACUGGAAGCUUAAGCACAUUGACACCAAGUAUCACUUCAUCUGUAACAACGUCCAAGAGGGAAGGGUGCAGAUCAAGUACAUAGACACCACAAGAAACUUGGCAGACAUACUCACAAAGCCCAUUGGGAAACAGGCAAUGCAGCAAGCAAGAUCUGGGCUACACCUGCAAAUACCGGCAGCAGUGUACGAAACGGGGUCCCCGAGCUAUGUGACAGUGUUGAAGAACGGAGGUCACACCUUGAAACAACAGCAUAAUGAACAGGGUACAUAUACUGUUGAGGGGGGGAGUUGA